AUCUUCUAGAUGAAACCUUGAUUCACCAAACUGUGUACUGCUCAAAGACAAGUGUUCUGCCAGGAUCACAAAGCCAUUCUGUGUUAUAGCUGCAAAGACAAGCUUCACACUAAAUGACAAGUCGAUGAGAUUGUGGAUCCAGACAGAGUUCAAGCUAACAUCACUCACUUGGAAAGGGUGUUUGGGACCAUGGAUGAAGACCAGACCAACUUAAACAUUGGAAUGCAUAUCAGAGACGUGGAAGAGUUCAUUCACACACAAAAAUCUAAAAUUGCUUCCAUUCAAACCAAAUUUGAUGAGUCAUUCAAGCAAGACAGAUUUCUGGAAUACAAAGCUCUUCUUGAAGAAAUUCUUGGAGUCAGCACAGAGAUAAAAGAAAACGAAGUGUUCCAGGAGUAUUGCAGUUUCCUGGUCAACUUUAAUGUAGCACAUAAACUUGAUCUAGAUCAAGAAACAAAGCAGGAUGAAGUAUUCGCAGAUGCUGAAAAAUCUCAAACUAACCAAAAUAGUUUGGAGACUACUCAAGCAUACUUGGAUGAAUUUGCCAACAAAGAGGAUCUUGAGAAACUGUAUGAAAGAGUGAUGGAGUGUGACCUUCAAUCAAAGAAACUUGAAGAACUAAAGAUCGAUCUGAGCAUCGAUAAAGAAGUUAAAUUAAUGGAUGAGAUUCUAAAAUCCAAUACUGAAGUCAAGAACCUCGAGUCACUGAUAAUAACAAAUUGUAACAAAAGUAUUGAAAAUGUGGCAGAGGUUUUAAAUUAUCCAUCACUUUCAAAUAUUGAAACACUCAAACUGAAUUGAUGACUGGAAUAUGUGUGGCCAAAUUGCAAAAUCAGUCCUAUUUUGCCAGCUUUAACAUCAGCAGUUGAGUCAAUGAAUAUCAAAGAAGUUCAUUUAGAGGUUUGGGUGUUUUUAUGAGAUGAUUUCACAAACUUAUUAAAAGCCUGUUCAACUUGAGAAGUAGUCUCUAUCAAAGCUACCGAUUUUGCUCUCACAGAUAAUGCUCUAUUCGACAAAGAAGCCAAAUUUCAUAUAAAAACUUUAAAAUUAAGUGGAUUUUGAAGCAAAAGUUUUGACCCCGGAAAUGAUGAAUGCAUUCUUGAGGUAAUUCAAAAAUCUGCACUAAAAGACUCACUGCAAGAAAUCCAGUUAGGCAAGUUUUGUUCCCAGAGAUUAUCCGCAAUGAAAGCCAGAAUGACAAAUAAUAAAGUCUAA